AUGGACCUGGCCAACAGGACAGCGGUGAGGGAGUUCCUUCUGCUGGGGUUCUCGGGAGCGCCCUGGCUGCAGCACGCGCUUUUCGCGCUGUUCCUGGCCGUGUACCUGCUCUCCCUCGUGGGAAACACCCUCAUCAUCUUCAUCGUCCUGGUGGAGGCCACGCUGCAGACACCCAUGUACGUUUUCCUAGGAAACCUGUCCUUCCUGGAGAUCUGGUACACCACAGCCACGGUGCCUAAGCUGCUGGCCACCUGCCUGUCCAAGGGCGCGGCCAUCUCUGUCUCUGGCUGCAUUGUCCAGUACUACUUCUUCUUCUCCAUGGGGGCCACCGAGUGCAUCUUGCUGGCGGUGAUGGCCUACGACCGGUAUGUGGCCAUCUGCAGCCCUCUCCGCUACUCCCUUCUCAUGAGCCUUCAGCUCUGCCUGCGCUUUGCAGCUGGGUCUUGGGUUGGGGGCUUCGCGGCCCCCCUCCUACCUACCAUACUCAUCUCUCGCCUGAACUUCUGUGGCCCUCAGAAGAUCAACCACUUCUUCUGUGACUCAGACCCCAUUUUUAAACUUUCCUGCUCAGACACGUUCUUGGCAGAGGCCUUGGGCUAUACCUGCAGCUCUGUGGUGAUUCUCAGCUCCUUCCUCCUCACCAUGUCCUCCUACGGCAACAUUGUGGCCACCGUCCUCAGGCUGUCCUCCCUAGAGGCUCGGAAGAAGACCUUCUUCACCUGUGCCUCCCACCUCACCGUGGUCACCAUCUACUACGGCACCAUCAUCUUCGCCUACGUCCGCCCUCCAGCCAAGUACAACUUCACCAUUGGCAAAGUGAUCUCCGUGUUCUACUGCGUGGUCACCCCGCUGGUGAACCCACUCAUAUAUACCCUGAGAAACAAAGACGUGAAGAAAGCGUUCAGGAAAAUUCUGGCACAGAAGAGAUUCCUCUUGACCAGAAACAGACAGGAGUUUUGA